UUGUACGUGGACAAGUCAAGGGGAGAUAAACUGAAGAUCAAUCUGGACGUUAUCUUUCCGCAUAUGCCUUGUGCUUAUUUGAGCAUCGAUGCCAUGGAUGUCGCAGGAGAGCAGCAGCUGGAUGUAGAGCACAAUCUGUUCAAACAGCGUUUGGAUAAAGCUGGCAACCGUGUGACUCCCGAGGCUGAGAGACAUGAGCUGGGCAAAGAAGAAGAAAAAGUGUUUGAUCCAAAUUCUUUGGAUGCCGACCGCUGCGAGAGUUGUUACGGGGCAGAGUCAGAGGAUAUUCGGUGUUGUAAUACUUGUGACGAUGUCCGAGAAGCGUACAGGCGGCGAGGCUGGGCCUUCAAGAACCCGGAUAGCAUAGAGCAGUGCAAGAGGGAAGGGUUCAGCCAGAAAAUGCAAGAGCAGAAGAACGAGGGCUGCCAAGUGUAUGGUUUCCUAGAGGUCAACAAGGUAGCUGGAAAUUUCCACUUUGCACCAGGAAAAAGUUUCCAGCAGUCUCAUGUGCAUGGUAAAGAGCUGAGAAAUUUUCAACUUGAUCAUGUUGCUGAGAUCCCCUUUGAACGCUGA